CGUUGGUUAUCAUGUUUGUCAAGCAUGCUAACCUCGCUUUUACAUGUGUUCUUUUUGCAUUGAUUAGCAUAAUGUCUAAAAAACCCCCAAAACAGUCGAAUAAAUCGAAAGGCAAGGCCAAAAUAAAAAUUUUCAACAAUAGGAAGAAAGCAACGACUCCGGAAUCGGCUGCUAUUGAGAAGCUUCAAGAAAAAUACGAAGCUAUUGAUGUUUCUACCAUUAAUAGUUUCGAUGACUUACCUUUAUCCCCAAAGACUCUAAAAGGGCUUAAAGAAUGUGGUUACACAAAACCUACGGACAUUCAAAGAGAAACCAUAAAAUUGGGUCUCACGGGGAAAGACAUUCUAGGGGCGGCUCAGACUGGUUCUGGCAAAACCCUCGCGUUUCUUAUCCCGAUUCUGGAACGCUUGUAUUGCAAACAAUGGACGCGACUGGACGGUCUUGGAGCCUUAGUCAUCACGCCAACGAGAGAGUUGGCUUAUCAGAUUUUUGAGGAAUUGCGACGGGUUGGGGAACACCACGAAUUUUCCGCGGGUUUAAUUAUCGGAGGCAAAGACUUAAAAUUUGAGAGGAAUCGAAUGGAUCAGUGUAAUAUUGUGAUUGGUACACCGGGCCGAAUUUUACAACACAUGGAUGAAAACCCGCUGUUUGAUUGCGUAAAUAUGGAAAUACUGGUCUUGGAUGAAGCUGAUAGGUGUCUAGAUAUGGGUUUUGAACAAACCAUGAACGCAAUUGUCGCGAAUUUGCCAGCAAAGCGUCAAACUUUGCUGUUCUCAGCCACGCAAACUAAAUCAGUGAGAGACUUGGCGCGUUUGAGUUUGAAAAAUCCUGCGUAUGUCUCCGUGCACGAACACAGCGAAUAUAGCACUCCUAAAGGACUGCAACAGAGCUAUGUUGUCUGUGAGCUCAAAGACAAAGUUUCGAUUUUGUGGAGUUUUAUCAAAAAUCACUUGAAGCAGAAGAGUAUCAUUUUUCUUGCGAGCUGUAAAGAAGUUAAAUAUGUCUACGAAAUAUUUUGCAGGCUAAGGCCUGGUGUGAGCUUAAUGGCAUUGUAUGGCACUCUUCAUCAAUUAAGAAGAAUGGACAUUUACGAAAAUUUUUGUAAGAAAACCUCUGCGGUGCUUUUCGCAACUGACAUAGCUGCCAGAGGUUUGGAUUUCCCAGAGGUUCAUUGGGUGGUUCAAGCCGAUUGUCCUGAAGACGCAGCUACGUACAUUCAUCGCGUUGGCAGAACUGCUCGGUUUUUCCGAGGAGGAGAAAGUCUACUUCUUCUUUUACCAAGUGAAUUAAAAAUGUUGGACAAUUUGAAAGAAAAGAAAAUUCCGAUUGAGAAAAUAGACAUAAACCCCCUGAAACUCAACAAUCCUGUGCGAAAAAUGGAAGCUUUUCUUGCACGUGACCCCGAUUUGAAGGACACAGCUCAGAGAGCGUUUGUUUCUUAUGCCAAGUCAGUGUUUCUUAUGAAGGAUAAGAAAGUAUUCAAUGUUCAGGCGUUGGAUACCGAUUCGUUUGCACAUUCUCUUGGUCUGGCAAUCCCUCCAAGAAUUCGAUUUUUGCAAAGACUCAAUGCUAGGAACGCGAAAAUACAGCAAAGUAAAAAUAAAAUUUAUUUCAACGAUGAGGAUGAAGAGAAAAAAAUUGAAACGGCCGUUUCGACCGACAGUGGUGUAAGUGACGAUGAAAAACCUUCCGCUCCGUUCCACGUGUCCGACGAUAGUGAUAGUGAUGACGGAGUUUUAAAAGUGAAGAGAAAAGAUCACGACAUAGACUUACCAACCGAUUUUGAAUUGGAAGAAAAUAGUAAAAACAAAAACAAGAAACCUGUGACUAAAGCAGCAGUCGCUAAGAAAUUACUAAAGAAGAAAAUUGUUCCAAACAAGAAAAUUGUUUUUGAUGACAGUGGCGAAGCUGUAACUGUUGGCUUGAAAGACAAGAAGUCACAACUGGCCAAAGAGUACGAAAAUGAAGAUAAGGGCGGCAUUGAUAUUGAGACUGCGAAAUUGGUGCUCAAGGAAGAAGAUAAAUUUGACAAACAGCUGUUUAAAGACAAGGUCAAGGCAAAACAUAAAGAGGAAAAACGCAAACUUAAGGAAUUGAAGAAGGAGGAAGAAGCGGAAAAGGACGAGUUUGGAGAAUCGGAGUCUGAGAACGAACCCGACUUAUCAUGGCUUCCAGAUCCUGAUAAAAUAUAUGGGAAAGGGGAACAAGAGGAACUAACAGAAGAAACAAUUAAACCCAAGAAGAGGAAAUUAAAAUCAGGAGACACAAAUAAGGAAUUACCAGUCAAAAAGAAGAGAAAGAAAGGGAAAAUCAGCAAAAUUAGUUCAAAUCUUGACGUUAAUGAAGCAGAAGAAUUGGCAUUAAUGUUACUCAGAAAUAAAUAAACGAUUAAUUUUUA